UGCAUCUAAUUGUUGUUUCAAAAAAGAAAGGAUUUUUGAAGGAAUCAAUCGCUAAGAAGUCUAAGAAGAACAAUGAAACUACCAAGAAAUUGAUUGUUGUCAAAGAGAAACAAUCACGUAAUAGAUUGAAGGAACAAGUUGCUGGGAUUUGCACUCCAGAAAGUCAAUUCAAGAGGCUUGUUUAUUGCUGAAAAAGAGACAUUGAUGUAUUGGUGCACACCUAUAUGGAGAGGUUGGGUGAAGCCACAAAAAAUACUGUUGAAGAUGAGGGUGUUGUGUCUACUGCACAAUAAAACCUUCAAUAUAAUGAUUGGUUGUCUUCAGUUGAUGCACAUGUAAAACAAUUAAUUCAAAAAACAAAUGGAUAAAAAAAUGUGGAUGGUGAUGCUACUGCUGGGCAGUCUACUCCUAUCCAAUCUCAAGAAAAGCCUGAUAUAACAAACAUUCCAUCGGCUUUGAAAGAAUGUUAAACUAUCAACCUGGGGCCAUGUGGUGUUGACAUCUCGUAUGUGUCCCAGUUCAUGAUUACAAACAAAGAAAUGUUUAAAGAUGUGCAUUCAUUAGAGAAGGAGGUUAUGGAUUAUUGUUUCCAAGAGGAUACAAUGGAUAAGUUUGAAGAUAUAUUUUCAUUUGGUGGAUUUUAUGCUUUAUCAAGUGAUGACGCAUUCACUCUGAAAAAUAAUGAAAAGAUUUUGUCGGUAGUUUUUGAUUGUUGGACAGUUUAUUUGAACAUGAUUGAAAGCAAUCAGGAAUUGACUGUGCCUGAUAAAGAAUUAAAAGCAUUUUUAUUCACAUUCCAACAUUGUCGUGCUUUGGGAAUGUUAAUGUCUGAAAAGGACGAUGAGAAGGUGAAUGACUUGAAGGUUGAGGUUGUUGAUGCCUGGGAAAAUCAUGUUAAUUUGAUUAAGGCAAAUAUUAACAUAAAAGGAUAAA